UCAAUAUGUAUCUUCCACAUCAUCAAUGAGCGGCUGAUAUGACUCGGUGCAAACGCGUAUCUGCUGUUGUGACUAAUUAAAUAUCUCUGAAUGGAUACAUAGUCGCCACUAAUGAAAACUUUUAUUUGAGGAGCGUGGAUACAAGUCAUGGAUUUCUCCAAGUUUUUGGAUGCCAAUUUUGAUGCCAAGGAGUGGGUGAACGCUGCAUUCAGAGCUCAGAAGGAUGCCCCCGAACAGAAGGACGCCCAUGCAGCAACGCUUGUCAUGAAACUGCAGCUAUUUAUACAGGAGGUGAAUCACUCUCUUGAGGAGACAAGCCAGCAGGCGGUGCAGAACCUCCCUCGGGUCUUGAGGGAGGUUGAAGCCGUCCGUCAGGAGGCAACAUUCCUUAAGGAUCAGAUGCAGCUGGUCAAGGCCGACAUCAAGAAGGUCGAGGAAGACACCUCCCAAUCCAUGAAGAUGCUGCUGGACAUUGACGCUAUCAAGUCUCGCAUGAAAGCUGCCUCCGAUGCUUUACAGGAAGCUGAUAACUGGACCACACUGAUGGCUGAUGUGGAUGAAGUCUUUCAGAGCAAGAACACCCAAGUGAUUGCUGAUAAACUUAUGGCUAUGCAGCACAGCUUGAAUAUGCUGGCACACUGUGGUGACUAUGAGGAGCGCUGCCAACAUCUCGAGACACUGAAGAACCGUCUGGAAGCCAUGUUGAGUCCCCAACUCGUCAGUGCCUUCAACACUCACUCACUGGAAGCUACCCAGAGUUACGUGAAAAUCUUCCUGGACAUAGACAGGCUCCCCCAGCUCUACAAUUACUACCACAAAUGUCAUAAGACUUCCUUGUUACAACAGUGGCAGCACCUACAGGGAGAGAACCUGGACAAGCCCCUGACGGAAUGGCUGCCCAACUUCUACGACACGCUACUCUCCACCUGGCACAAAGAGAUCAAGUGGUGCGAGCAGGUUUUCCCUGAGGCAGUGAGAGUCGUGAGUGAGUUACUAACCCAAACACUGACUGGACUCCAACCAUCCCUCCCCGCCUGCAUGGACACAGCCCUGCAAGACAACACGUUGCCCAACUUGCUGGAACUAAGACAGAUAGCAAACAGAUUUACCAAGAACCUUGAGAGCGCAAUUCAAGUAUCAGUAGGCUCCCCAUCUGGCCGGCAUUUUGAGGAUUUAGUGAAUGCCAUCCAUGCCCCUUAUGUUCCUUAUCUUUUGCAAUACGGUCGGCUUGAGAAGGAAUACCUGCUGCAAGAACUGAGCUGCACCCAAAUGGAAAGACGAGACCUGAUAGACUGUGCCCAGUUAUUGUCUGACUCUGUUGGCAAACUAUUCAAAAAUGCUCAUGAAGCAGUGGAGAGGUGUAUGGGCUUGACUGAUGGCUGCGGCAUUGUUGGACUGCUAGAUGCUUUGAAGGCAUUGUUCCAGAACUACUGUCAGAAGUUCCACUCUGCGCUCGACACGCUGCAUGUGGUGGGCGGACUGGAUAGCACAGCGCCCUCCCAGGCUGAACUGGGAGAGGACUGGAGCAAAUUCCAGCAUGCGCUCAAGAUUAUUCAGACAUGCGGUGAACUCCUGCUUCAGAGUGAGGAGUUUGAGCUGCAGCUGAUUGGCUCAAUUUUGAAUACAGCAACCAAUCAUGUCGCCGAGGCAUUCUCACCAAGUAGGAUUACCAACCUCAAUCUCACCCCACUUUCUGGUAAUCCGUUCAAGGAGUAUAACUACUUGGUUGUAGAGGAUCCCGUACAGCAUGCAGCGUUCGUGGAUCUCGUCGUCAAACUCAAACAAGAUGAGGUGUCUCUAAUGAAAGAGGUCACAGACAACAUGCAGAAGGUCAACGAGCAUGCUCACAAGUUCACGUUCAGCAUUGUCUUCCAUCAGUUGGAGGCCCAGCUGAUGCAGAUAUCCAAUAUGGAGGUUUGGACAGCAGAGGGUGGCAUGCUAGCUGCCGAACUUCCAGAGUACAGUCUGUCUCCUCUGGAAUACAUCACCAAGAUCGGGCAAUAUUUGAUGACCCUUCCACAGCAACUGGAACCCUUUACGUCCCAGGAGCAUCCCAGCCUAGAGAAGGCCCUGGAGACAGGCAAGCUACCCUUCCCUCCAGAAACAGGCUCGGCCACACCAGAUCACCUGGCCGAUUAUUGGCUGGGAGCCAUUGCCCGGGGAACCAUGCACACCUACGUGGAAGCCAUCUUGAAGAUCACAGAGCUCACACCGAACGCAACAAGGCAGCUGGCAACAGACAUAAACUAUCUGUGUAAUGUAUUGGAUGCUUUGGGUAUUCAUGCAUCUGAAUCUCUGAGGAACAUUGAGACUCUGUUGAAAUUACCACUCUCACAGUACGGGGAGACAAGAGGGACGAUGCCCGAUCGGUUUGUUCACAUCAUUGGAUCCAUCAGGAGUGCGCAUGAAACUUAGCCAGUGGCGGUUCGUCCAAUCCUCAGUCUUCAAAGACACAUUGCUCCUGAUAGCUUUCUGGUUUGGAAGCAAUGGAAAAUAAAACGAUUAAUGCAGACAUGCAGUACCGUGCCAAAAAUCAGGAAGCAGAUGUGCCACGGUUUACAUGAAGCUGCGGGGUUUCUUUUUGGGGGGGGGUGUGGGCCCGGGGAAUUUUUUGUUCGCUUUUGUUUUCUAUCAGGAUUAAGAAAAACAGGUGAAGUAACGUCAACCAUUGGAUCAUUGUAUUUUUUCCCUUCUAAUUAAUUUUUUGCACGAGAAUUCGAUUUACUGUAAAUUGCUUUUUGUAUAUAUCAGGCCUUACGAUAACCGGAGACUAAUGUACAUAGUUUUUAUUUCCUAUUUUUAGAUACGCUUUAGGCAACUUCCAAUUUGUCAGUUGCGUGGGUAAAAUAUUUCGGUUGUCAUACAACAGAGUAAGUCCAUCCAAACUCAAAAACUUUUCUCAUAUUUUCACAAAGAAAAGGUCGACACUGAAGGCACAAACAUAAGGAAACACACGAGAGACAUUUAUUGUAUUUGUACAAAAAUUAACAGCGAUCAUAUA